AUGAGAUUCGGGAUUCCUGCCGACUUCCAGCUCUUGGUGGAAGUUUCCACUCCAACUGGAGAAUCGAACUAUCUUCACGAUCACAUAUCUCACAAGCUUCAGCAACUCAAGCUCGAUGUAGAGAACUUACAAAGCAAACUUCACCAUAACUCCGUCAAUGAAAAAGCAGCUAUCGACGCUUUUAACACAGAUGUCCAACAAUCGAUUCAGUCGCAGAAUGUUCUUGUUCAGAAACUCAUAAACGACGAGAAGGAAAGGAUACGACGUAUCGAGGAAAUGAAGAGACAAAAGGAGGAGGAACAAAGACGUCGCCUAGAGGAAGAGAAACGCCGCAGAGAGGAAGAAGCAAGACGCAAAAGGGAAGAUGACGAACGCAAACGCAAGGAACAGGAAGCUAAGUUGGCAGAAGAAAGAAGACUCAAACAAGAAAGAGAUGAAAGGGAAAAGCAGCAUAAACUCGAGCUCGAAAAACAACGAAGGGAAAAGGAGCGACUAGAAGCUGAAGCUAAAAAGGAGGCCGAACAGAGAAAAGCUGCCCAACAAAACUCAUUGACAGACUUUGCUGCUAUUGAGCAGAGCUUUUUACAAUAUAAGAAGAAUAUCGUUGAUAUCAAGGAAACCAUUGUUGGUCCUAUGAAUGAAGAUAAGGACUUGAAAAAAUUAGUCAACUCGUUGAAACGUAAAAUCAACCCUAAAUUCGGACAAUUGUCUAAUUCAUACCAACAGCUCAACAGAAUUAAACAUGAAGUAGUAGAAUUAGUUUCCCAAGCCAAGGGUAACGAAUUAGCCUAUAAGUGGAUCUUGAACUUCGUGGCCAAAGCAAUAGUUGACCAAGCUGAAACCGAAGUUAUAGUCAAGCCCAAUGCUGCUUUGCCAUUGGCACAUCUUGCAUAUACUUUACUAGAGACAUUCACGGAGUUCGACUACUAUUUGUCAUCCAGGUUUGUCAAAAAAUGUCCAUACAUUAUCGGCUAUACCUGCUCCAUAGACUCGGAAGAAGGAAGGACUAGAAUGGGUUGGAAAAGAAGAGAUAACAAGUGGGAAGAUGACACCAAAUAUGACGAAAGAGUGUCCGGAAUUUGUAUGGUUUGGGCCACUAUGAGUAGACUACUUGAUUAUCCUCAACAGCUUUCAUUCUAUUCUUUUGAAGCUUCGUGGAAAUUCCUUGCUCGUCUCCUUAAUAGAGAUCUCAGCCUCCUUACCAAUGCCCAUUUCUCUAUUUUGGGCAAUUGGUGGGAAGCGGCCGCUAAGGAGUUUUCCGGAAAGUAUGGCGUUCAAGCUUCUAAACUUUUGAACGUUUUAACAGUAGACUUGCCUGUUGCAGUUAGCGACAGAAAGUAUCCAGCUGCUGCUAGGCUUCUCAUCCUAGGAGAAGACCUUCAGAAUAAUCGCAACUGGAACAGCCUCAAGGAAAUGGAACGAUAG